AUGGCCAUGGUCCCGAUGGGAGCGAAACGGCCCAGGAAUGAGCUUGUUGCGGCAGCUCAGUCUCAGCAGCUCAUGGCAAUGGGUCCCCCACGAACAUCCAGUCUACAGGCUCCCAUUAUGCUGAUGUCUGGGCAUGAGGGGGAAGUUUACUGCUGCAAGUUUCAUCCAAAUGGAGCUACUUUGGCUUCUUCAGGAUUUGACAGGCUAAUAUUAAUGUGGAAUGUUUAUGGAGAUUGUGAAAAUUAUGCCACUUUGAAAGGACACAGUGGGGCUGUGAUGGAGCUGCAAUACAACACAGAUGGCGGCAUGCUAUUUUCCGCCAGCACAGACAAGACCGUUGGUGUGUGGGACAGUGAAACUGGAGAGAGGAUAAAACGCUUGAAGGGCCAUACUUCUUUUGUGAACACAUGCUACCCGGCCCGACGAGGCCCUCAACUCGUCUGCACUGGUAGUGAUGAUGGUACUGUCAAGCUGUGGGAUGUCCGUAAAAAAGGAGCAAUCCACACUUUCCAGAAUACCUACCAAGUAUUGGCCGUGACUUUUAAUGAUACCAGUGAUCAAAUCAUGUCUGGAGGCAUUGACAAUGAAAUUAAGGUUUGGGACCUGAGACAGAACAAGCUCAUCUACACAAUGCAUGGUCAUGGUGAUUCCAUAACAGGACUAAGCCUGAGCUCAGAAGGGUCUUACCUGCUCUCCAACUCUAUGGACAACACAGUUCGUAUUUGGGACGUACGGCCUUUUGCGCCCAAGGAGAGAUGUGUUAAGAUUUUCCAAGGCAACCUACACAACUUUGAAAAGAAUUUGUUGAGAUGCUCCUGGUCGAAUGAUGGCAGUAAGGUUGCUGCAGGCUCAGCUGACAGAUUUGUUUAUAUAUGGGACACCACAUCACGAAGAAUCAUUUACAAACUGCCAGGUCAUGCUGGUUCUGUUAAUGAAGUCGUCUUCCACCCAGAGGAACCAAUUGUGCUGUCAGCGGCCACCCCCACCCCCUCGCCUCUCUCCCCGCGGCUGCUUGCGCCGCCCCGGCCGCGCUUGUUGACAAAAGACGUUUGGAGACUGAUCGAAGACCCUCGCUCCCCGCUACGGUGUGGCCGAGGGGGUCUGUUUGUUGGAACUGGACGCUUUGACCGCAGAAGGCCGGCUUGGACGCCCCCACAUCAUAUCCCCCUCUCCUCUUCUCUGAAAUCUCCCAGCUUCUGGCGGACAGGCAUUCUGGAUCUGACCGGGGACCCGUCUUUUCCCCGAGGUGUCCGUGGCUCCAAGCCGCGUCCAGACUCCUCCAAGAUGGGGAAGUGCGACGGAAGAUGCACGCUGCUGGUGAUAUGCUCGCUACAGCUGAUGGCAGCCCUCCAGAGACAGGUGUUUGAUUUUCUGGGCUACCAAUGGGCCCCUAUCCUGGCUAACUUCUUGCACAUCAUGGCCAUCAUUCUGGGCAUUUUUGGCACAGUACAGUUCCGCUACAGAUACCUCAUCUUUUAUGCAGUAUGGCUGGUCCUAUGGGUGGGCUGGAACUCUUUUAUCAUAUGUUUCUACCUGGAAGUUGGAAACUUGUCCCAGGACAGAGACUUCCUCAUGACAUUCAACACAUCGCUCCAUCGUUCGUGGUGGAUGGAGCACGGCCCUGGCUGCCUGGUCACACCGGUGCCAGACUCUCGCCUGGCGCCUGAUGACCACCAUGUCAUCACGGUCUCUGGAUGUCUACUGGACUACCAAUACAUAGAGGUGCUGAGCUCAGCUGUUCAGGUCCUAUUGGCUCUCUUUGGCUUUGUGUAUGCCUGCUAUGUGAGCAAAGUCUUCCAAGAUGAUGAGGACAGCUUUGAUUUCAUCGGUGGUUUUGACUCUUAUGGAUACCAGCCCCCUCAGAAGUCCUCACAUCUACAACUGCAGCCUCUGUACACAGCUGGUUAA